AUGCAUCUUUCAGUCGCCCGGGGCCUCCUGGCAGCCGCUGGCCUGAUGGCUGGCGGCGCCGUGGCCACUCCGUACCCUCAGGCUGUGCCGGAGUUCUUCAGGCGUGCCAUGGACGAGUGUCCUGCUGUUGUCACUGUCCAACCCAUCGAAAUCAUUGGUCAGACGCCCGUGAUUGUCGACGUCUUCAUCCCAGCAAACACUGUCAUUAUCAUCAACGAGAUCACCAUUCAGAUCACCAACGCUCCUACGCAGGUGUCCACCACGAUAACCUCGACCGUCACCACCACCAGCACGGUCACGACUGGCCCCGGCGAGUUCACUGGUCCUUAUACGACCAUCACUGGUCAGUGGACCGGCACCACUCCCAUCACCGUUUCCAUCCCGCCUGGCAGCGGUGACCACACAGGCACGGUCAUUAUUGAGGUGCCCGAGACCACCACGCCCGCCUUCACGGGUCCUUACACCACCAUUACCGGACAGUGGACCGGCAGCACGCCGGUCACUCUGACAGUCCCGCCUGGUCCUGGUGGCUCAACUGGCACCGUCAUCGUCGACACCCCCAAACCCUCCGGUUCUACUGCCAGCUCUGGUGGCCCGGCUUCCAGCUCGGCUUCCAACUCUGCUGGUUCUUCUGGCCUGUCUUCGGCGGGUUCGUCGGCUGCAUCGUCGGCUGCAUCGUCGGCUGCCUCGUCAUCUGCUUCGUCGGCUGCGUCGUCGGCGGCGUCGUCUAGUGUCUCGUCGGCUGCUUCAUCCAGUGCCUCGUCGGUCGCCUCGUCUGCCUCUAGCGCUACUUCGUCUGCUUCUAGCGCUUCCUCAUCGGUUGCUUCAUCUGCCUCCAGCGCUGCGUCGAGCGGCUCGUCAGCUGCAUCGUCAGCCACCUCGUCAAGUGCUUCGUCUGCUUCCGGCUCUGCUUCCAGUGCUUCCUCCAGUGCUGCCUCCAGUGCCGCUUCAAGCGUCUCUUCGGCCGUUUCAUCUGCAUCUAGUGCUGUUUCCAGUGCUCCUUCGAGUGCUUCUUCGUUUGCCGGGUCUUCAUCUGCGGCUUCUUCUAGCGCCUCGUCUGCCUCGAGCGCUGCCUCCAGCGCUUCUUCGUCUGCCGGGUCUUCGUCUGCCGGGUCUUCAUCUGUCGCUUCAUCCGGUGCCUCGUCUGCAUCCAGCGCCGCUUCGUCUGCUGCUUCGUCAAGUGCUUCGUCAGCCGCUUCUUCUAGUGCCUCAUCUGUCUCUAGCGCUGCCUCCAGUGUUUCUUCGUCAGCCGCUUCUUCGAGUGCCUCGUCUGUCGCUUCAUCCAGUGCCUCGUCUGCAUCCAGCGUUGCUUCCAGUGCUUCUUCGUCUGCCGGGUCUUCGUCUGCCGCUUCUUCUAGUGCUUCCUCUGUCGCUUCUUCCAGUGCCUCGUCUGCUUCCAGUGCUGCCUCGAGUGGCUCGUCGGCUGCCUCGUCCGCCUCGUCUGCCUCCAGUGCUUCUAGUAGUGCUGCCUCGAGCGGUUCGUCGGCUGCCUCGUCCACCUCGUCUGCCUCUAGCGCUGCGUCUUCCAGUGCCGCUUCUUCCAGUGCCGCUUCUUCCAGUGCUGCUUCUUCCAGUGCUGCUUCUUCCAGUGCUGCUUCUUCCAGUGCUGCUUCUUCCAGUGCUGCUUCUUCCAGUGCUGCCUCCAGCGCUUCUUCAAGUGCUGCCUCGAGCGGCUCGUCCGCUGCCUCGUCUGCCUCAUCUGCCUCCAGCGCUUCUUCCAGUGCUGCUUCUUCCAGUGCUGCUUCUUCUAGUGCUGCUUCUUCCAGUGCCGCUUCUUCCAGUGCCGCUUCUUCCAGUGCCGCUUCUUCUAGUGCUUCUCCUGGAGGCAGCAGCUCAUCUCCGUCCGUCUCCAGCACAUCGUCUGUUCCGUCUUCAUCUUCUGCUGCCUCGUCUAGCGCAGGGUCUUCGAGCGUGCCCAGCUCCGUGUCCGCCACCCCGUCGUCAGCAUCGUCGUCAGCAUCGGCAUCGACUUGCUACACCACCGUCACUGUGUCUGCCUCGGCCGCGUCGGCUUGUGUCACGGGUCUGCCGGUGACGUGCGAGGACCUCGCUCUGUACAACGACCUUGCCCUCCUUGCCCCUGCUGCUGUCUGUCUCGCGUCUCUCGGUGUGUACGGCACCGGCAGCGCCCUUACGUGCUUGACGACGGAUCUGACUCCCAUUUCGCUGGGCACCGAUGUUGUGAAGUGUCUCAACAACGCCUUCGCGGGCAAGUGCAUCGAGUCGCUGCCCGCUCCUUGCCUUGCCCUCGAGAAUGAGUCUGGCAUCCCACUUAUCGCCGAUUCCGCUGUUUGCUUGGCCGAGCUGGGUCCUUUCGCCGUUGGAGCCGUUGCGCAGUGCUUGGUCACGACGGGCAUCGACGGAAACACCCAGGGCUACACCAUCGUGGCCUGUUUGUACGAUGCGCUGCAUCUGAGCCCCCCCACGACCCCGACGGUAACCGCGAUCCCGAUCGAUUGCCCGGCUCCGUCUUCUUCGGCCACGCCGGGCUGCAACGUCGACCUGCCCGAGCACUGCAAGGAACUGGCGGGCACCACCGGCGUCGCUCUUUCCGUGGACGCUCUGCUCUGUACGGCCGACCUGGGCGUUUACGCCGUGGGCAACGUCGCCGAAUGUCUCGCGACAAAUGUCAUCACGACGGCGGUCACAGGCGAUUCGAUUAUCACGUGUUUGGUCGAUGCCCUCGAACAAUCGUGCCCAGCAACGCUGCCCUCGGCCUGUUUGAAGUUGCAGACCGACGUUGGCUUACCGUCGUUGCUGAUCGACAUUCCUCUGUGUGUUGUCGCAUUGGGACCGUAUGCCGCGGGCGACGCGUUGGUGUGCUUGUCGACGACUGGUCUCAGCACCGGAGCACUGGGUUCAAGCAUUGUCACCUGCUUGGAGAGCGCUCUGCACAUUAUUGUAUGA